CGGCAAAGAUGGCAGGUCAGGAACAGCAGCGUAGGCUCUGCCGAUGUCAGCCCCGCCAAAAGGUCCAUCACCCGUCAAGCACCGGCGCUGAAAGACCCAAGGGAACUCCGCCCCGUCACACGGACGAGUCGAGCUCUCGGAUUUCACUUAGUAACAGCCACCGCUUCCCGGGCGACGUUGCGCGACAAACAACACUGCGCUAUCUAGUGUGUACCUGUCCUGUUGCUAGGCACCGGUGGGGUAAGACAGGGACGUCACAAUCGAAGAGACGACGCGCCCAACAGCAAGCUACGUUCAGCUACACGACCACAACCACCAUACCUCCGAUCCCCGUACCCAUCCCAAGCCAACCAACAUGUCUAACUUCCUCGUCGACCUGUGGGAGUCCAUCUUCACGCCGGGUCCCACGCCCACGCUCCUCGUCGCAACCAACGCCAGCUUCGCCGCCCUGCAGUUCGUCUUCUUCGCCCUGCUCCUCGCCACCUACAGCAUACACUUUGUCAUUCUCUCGAUCCUCUGCGGCGGCCUCUGGUGGGCGAUCAACUGGUUCGCGGGCGAGAUCCGAGCCGCGCAGGCCAUGGAGGAGGAAGCGAAGCGGAUCCGAGAGGCGCGAAGGGAGAAGGAGAAGGGCAAGGCGAAGGGGGGACCGGGAAGCGAGGUGGAAACCAUGGAUACGGGGGAUGACACGGAGGGAGUGGAGACGGAAGUCGAGGACAAGAAUAAGGUCAAGGCGGCCAAACCUGCGCCGCGACGCGCGCCUCGCCCGGAGAUGCAGAGUACAGUGUUUGUCGAGAGGCCGGCCGAGUUCGGAGAGGGACGCGAAUCUACACCUGUACCUAUGGCCCCAGCAGCGGCUGGUACUGCUGCUUCCACUACAGGGGCGAGCACGAGGCUUGCGCCCGUAUCGGACGAUGCGGUGAAGAAGAGGAAGAGUUUGGGGGAAUCGACGGGCGAUGUGAGCACGGAUAGCGAGUGGGAGAAGCUGUCGCAGGACUCUGGGGAGAGAUAGGUGGCCGGACAGACGUUCGACUUGCUUGUCGAUUUGGUUUCCGUCGCGUCUCUGUUGGAAUAGAUCUUGUAUCUGCGCGGGGAGUGUUGUAUUCGAGGCGAGUACCUAUCAGCCCACGCAACCACCAGUGCAAUCCCACGUCGAACAAUACUCUGCUGCCAUCGAGGCCAUAGUUCCUGC